AGCCUGCGAGCGAGCGAUGGAGGGGGGAGGCAGGGUUUCGUGGAUGAAAUAUGGGCCCGUCGUGUCCUUGAUUGUUGUUCUUUUGGCCGUCUGGUUCCGGUCACCCCAAAAUGAAGUGCUGGACGACCGGUUGGACACGGUCUUGUCCUCUCUGCUCAGGGCUGAACGGAAAGUCGGGAUGAAUAACGUCGCCAGACCGAGAGUUGCUGUCGGUUUUGGAGGUUGCGUUGACCUCAUAGUGGACGGGGUAUCAUUGCUGAAUAAGAUCGGCCUCCAUCCCACAGACCAGCCACUGCAUCACGACUACAUAGAAAACGCUGAACAGUUGGCUCAGAGCUUUGCCUACUUCUUUGCACCGGGUGCUGCUGCAGAGCGUUUUAUGCUAAAUGACACCCUCUUUAGUGAGCUAGUCGAGGCGUCCCGUGACCUACCUGGGAACAGAUGGUCAGUAGGCGGCAAUGCUCCGGUAAUGGCUGGUCGCAUGGCAACUGAGGGAUGUGAUGUGUUGCUUGGGGGAAGCUUCAGCCCUGACUUUACUGAUGUCUUGUCCCAGCACAUCACAGUGGCAGGUAACAUUGUAGAAGAGCCAGACAUUCAUCUGAUCCUAGAGUAUCCAUCUGGAGCUUGCUGGGGGCACUAUACCUCACGUAGAGCUAACAGAUAUAUCAUCCACAGUGAUGAUCAUAACCCUUACCUGGACUCCAUGGAGGAGUUUGCUGAGAAACUCGAAGACUUCAAACCAGAUCUGCUGGUGGUGGGCGGACUGCAAAUGAUGGAUAACUUCCCCUUCCACUCAGGUGAGCGGGAUGCCCUUCUCACCCGCCUGGCCAAACUGCUGUCCUCCUCCUCUCCUCAGAUUGGCAUCCAUUUUGAGAUGGCCAGUUUUGUAGAAGAAAGUAUAAUGGAAGACCUGCUUCACUAUGUCAUUCCACAUGCGGACUCUUUGGGGAUGAAUGAACAGGAGCUUCCCAACCUGCUCAGCCUGCUGAAAGGCUCCAACAUCACAGUGUUGUCAGACCCAAACCCUCGUGUAGCUACUGUCCUCGACCAGAUGAGGGAGGUCUAUCGCAUUCUGAACCAGCGCUACAAGGAUACCAAUGACGCCAGUGCAGAAAGAGACACAAACAUUGCUAUGGGUAAGCCGCUGACCCGGCUCCAUGUACACACGUUGGCCUUUCAGGCCAUGAUCGUGACCCAUGGUUCUCAGUGGAAGAACACCAUGUCAGCCACAGCCAAAGCCUCUCUCACAGCUAACCGCCAUGUCUGUGGCUCUAAUGACAUUGACCCCAGCAAGGCGAGGCUCAUCAUGGAUGACUCAUUCUCUGUUAGCCGACGAGAGGGAAGCCAGCGUAUCCCUCUGCAGGAGAGCAAGCCGGUCAGCUGCUGGGAUGAGGAGGAUUAUGAGAUCUGUGUGGCACCUGUGCUGGUGUGCACUGAGGUUUACCAAACUGCAGGUGGAGGGGACAACAUCUCAGCUGCUGGCCUUGUGCUGCAGAUCUAGACAUGGACACUAAAUGGUCUAUCUGUGUGUAGUGCUAAGUAGAUGUUGGCGACUACGUGACUCUGGGAACUUGAUUAAUAUGUGACGCAAAAUAGCCGUUGUGGCAAACCAAAGCACUGAUUUUGAACGGUGUUAGGCUAAUGCUAUCUCAUUUGCAGCUCAUGGCCCAGUUGGACCAAAAGGAAAACUGAUUGUCAUCACUCAUAGGAGUCAGAUGAUUGGGUACAGUGGUUAUUAUUCAUCUAAUCCACCAUAUUUUAUUGUAUGGGCUAAGUAUUGAUUUUUGAAGGGGAUGAAGAAAAAAAAUAAACUCAGUAAAAGUUUUGUAAACUGAGUAAAGUCUAUAUUAACCAGACUUCCUUCAGUUAACACUCAGUUAAGGGCCCACUUCAGUUGGUGUGUUUAUAUGUGUAUGUACAUUGGGCUGUGACUUAUACAUAUAUUAAUAGGUAUAUGUAAUGACUUUGCCUGAGUGCAAAACCCACAGGUAUCCAGUUCAUUUGAUUAUUAAGAACCAGAACUUGGAGCAUACACUACCCUGUAUUGUCACAUACCCAAUGUCUUUGUCAAGUCAUUGUAGCCCAUCAUCUGACUCUAGUGAUGUAAAUAACCUGCCCUCCUCUACUUCUCCAAGGCCUUACAAGACUUGGACUUCAGUCAGGAUGAGAUAAAGGGGGAUGAGGUUUGGAUAAAGUCACACAGACACCGGGUUGUUUUUAUACAGCCACACUGGGUAGCUUGUGGCAUUGUGUUUUUGAAUUGCGUAUCAAGACUUUGAAUGCAUCAUCUGCUAUGUUCACUGGGCAGAAGAGUGCAGGACUGCACAACUUCUGCUCUAAGAUAAACUCUCUUUGUGUAAUUUAAACCUGUGGCUCUACUAUGCAGCAGACUCAUCCAGAGUUGUGUAAUUCCUGGAAUAGCUUUAUCUUUGGUUUCCUGUUUAUUAGGUGUUUUCACCUACUUAAAAUCUACAAGUCCAACCACUAAACAAGCCUUUGACCUCACCUGACUUGCAGUGUCAGAAAAGCUAGUCUAAGGCUGAAAACUUAACAACCUGACAGUUUUUAAUUUGUCUCAUCUGAAGCAUUUCAAUGAGGAGGCUGUUUCCUGCCUCUUCCCUCUCGUGUCUCAUUCUCAAAGGCAAAAAAAGAUUAAAAGUAGAAAGCUGGUGAGGUGAUCACCUCAUGUUCUUCCCAAUAUAUGUGAAAAAUGUGCAUACUUGUUUGGGUGAAUUUGAUUUGUUUUAGGAUUGUCAUUCCUCUCUGUGUCAGCUUCAGUGCAAUAAUGCAAAAACUAUGUUAAGAGACCCUUGUUGGUAGUUGGAUAUGAUGUCAAAAAUUUCUUCUCUACCUCCAUGCCUUUUCUGUGUCACCCUCCCUUUUGCCCUCUUAUUGUUGUCUCCCAUGUUUUCUUUUUCUUUUUUCUGUUAUUUGUCAUAUUUCUUCCUUGUUUCUUCUUGUUUGUGGCUCUUUAAGGACCAAAUAACCAAUGUGUACUGCCCCGGACAACAUUGCUGUAAGGGGGAAGUCAUUGGCAGCCAGUUUUCACAUUCUCACAAAAUAUGGCUGUAUACAGUGGAUCACAAUCUUUUACUCUAGUUUUAUCUUUUUCUAAGAAAGAGGGGGUUAGCAACAUGACUUUGUAAGCUUGACUUGAAGCCAUGGUGCUACUGACCAUGAAUCCCCUUAAUCUGUGGAGAAGUUGUCUCGACUGAAAUUAUACUUUCCAUAUUUAGUCUUCAUCUCACUUGUGAUAGGAUUAGCACCAGAUAUAUCUCCCCUCAAUGUCCAGCUGGAAAAAAGAUCCAACAUGAUGUGUUGGUGGUCUACUGGUGGACAGACCCACUGCCCCUGUCACUACACACAUGCACUCUUGUGUCAAAGCCACUACUUUCUUAUUUUGUUUUUCUUAAAAUGAUUGUUGUUGAGAUAAUCUGUAAAUUAACGUUAGGCCAUGUCUCUAAAUCACCAUCAUCAUCAUCAUCAUUAUACUCCCAUUUCACUCUUCAGGAUCUGAAUCACUUUUUCAUUUGAAACUGUAUUUACAGAAGCAGCUGGACUUAAAUGGGAAUGAUGCCAACUCUGUUAUUUUUCUCACUUUAUACAAAUCAAACAUUCCAUCACAGGCCCAGCUUCACUAAUUUUCUCCAUUCCGAUUGAAGUAUGUCUCACAACUAUGACUUAACAUGCAAGUGGAGUGUUUUUUUUCUUUCUUACACAAUUUAAUUUCUCUAUUUGUUUCUUACAACUUUCAGUUUUCAGUUAGGUGGAAAUUUAUUCAUGUUACAAUGCAACAUGUAUGAGAUCAAGAGAAAAUGAGAAUCUAAAGGUAAAGGAAUCCCUUUAAAUCUUUUCUCUGUGUAUCAAGACUGUACUGAUGUGAUGCAGUUGUUUGAUUUAUGCUGAAGGUAAAUGAGCCUUAUUGUGUCUUGACUUUUAGAAUUUAGUGAAAAGGGAAUGUUUAAUACAGACUUUUUCUAUUACUGUAGGGUUAUGUUUUAUUUUCUGAUGUCUUCAUCUCACAUGGUGAUUGGAAGCAGGGAGUAAUGGGUCAUGUUUUUACUGUGAAAUGAAACAUUCGCAUGCAUUCAUGCUCAUAUAGAGAACUGCUUGUGUUUGCCACCAUAUCAUAUUCAUAGCUUUAAAUGAAGUCAUGUCACCCAUGUUCCAAAGCUGUGUUUAACUGUUUCAUGCAUGUUAACUAUUCAGUGCAGAAGCACCUGAGAUAAAAUGCU